AUGCGGCUCCUUUCUCUGACGGUGCUGUGCGACGCGGAGUGUGAGGCCUUGAGGGGUGGUCCGGCUUUCCUGGCACCUAAGGCACCUGUGGCCAGCAACCUUGCCCCUGCAGGCACCAGACCAACAUGGAUGAGGAAAGCUCAGCCUCACACUCAAAAGCAAUUUGUUUUUGAAAAGCCAUCAGAGGUGGAGCGCACAGUUCCUGAGGCAGGUGUGAUAGACAAGCCUGGUGUGUAUGAGCUCAGCAAAGUACCAACUGGCGUUUCUAGGAUUCAUUUGAUUCCUGGCUUUAUAGACUCAGAACAAGCAGACUGGAUGUUUGAACAACUCCUCCAAGACAUACCCUGGGGUCAGAGAACUCACAUCAGACAGGAAGUAUCUUUUGAGGAACCAAGGCUUACCUCUUGGUAUGGGGAACUUCCUUACACGUACUCCAGGAUAACAAUGCAGCCAAACCCAAAUUGGCAUCCUCUGCUGACCAUGCUAAAGGAGCGCAUCGAAGAGUUCACUGGCUAUACCUUCAACUCCCUUCUCUGCAACCUCUACCGAAAUGAGAAAGAUAGCGUAGACUGGCACAGUGAUGAUGAACCAUCACUGGGAAAAAAUCCUGUCAUUGCCUCGCUCAGCUUUGGUGCUACCCGGAUCUUUGAGAUGAGGAAGAAACCCUCCCCUGAAGAGAAUGGAGACUAUACUUAUGUAGAAAGACUAAGAAUCCCACUUGAUCAUGGGACUCUGCUGAUGAUGGAAGGAGCUACUCAGGAGGAUUGGCAGCAUCGAGUACCUAAGGAAUAUCAUUCUAGAGAUGCACGGAUAAACUUGACCUUUAGGAUCAUUUAUCCAGAACCUGAUGGAGUUUGGAAGUGAAGAGGCACUUUGGGCGUUGUUGGAUGUAAACCCACAGCAGAUCCAGAGCCUCAGAUUGCUGCAGACUUAAAGGAAGCCUUACAGGACAGAGUGCUGUGAAAUACCUGAUGGGGAAAGGAAGCAAUAUUAUGAAGAUCUUUGACAAUCAGAAGCUGCCUGUGUUCUAUGGACAAUGCUGUUUUGUUU